AUGGCAAAUGCAACCUUUGACGUAGAGGGAACGUUGGCAAAGCUGACGUUGCCUCAGAAGAUCAAGAUGCUUGCUGGCUUGGGCUGGUGGCAUACUGAACCUGUUCCAGAGGCAGGUGUUCCGUCUAUGCGCAUGAGCGACGGGCCCAACGGUGUUCGUGGUACUCGAUUCUUCAACGGAGUACCCUCUAGCUGCUUCCCGUCCUCCACGGGCCUGGGUUCCUCGUUUGACCUUGAUCUUGCAAAAGAGGUUGGGGAGGCCCUUGGCGAUGAAUGUCGUGCCAAAAGUUCGCACAUUCUUCUCGCGCCCACCGUGAACACACAGCGAUCCCCCUUGGGUGGUCGUGGAUUUGAGUCCUUCUCGGAGGAUCCACAUUUGAACGGGACAAUUGCAGCUGCAUACAUUAAUGGUCUGCAGUCUAAGGGUGUUGCGGCCACGAUCAAACACUUUGUUGCUAACGAUCAAGAGUUUGAGAGUGAGCGCGCACUCCGAGAAAUAUACCUCAAGCCAUUUCAAAUUGCUAUCAAGAAGGCGAAUCCAUGGGCUCUUAUGACGGCAUACAAUCGUGUGAAUGGCUUGCACGUUUCUGAAAACCCAUGGCUGAUCGACGAAAUUCUCAGAAAAGAGUGGGGCUUCAAGGGCAUGAUCAUGAGUGAUUGGACCGGUGUAUACAGCACCGCAGAGAGUAUUAAGGCCGGGGUGGAACUAGAGAUGCCAGGGCCUACAGUCAUGCGUGGUAAGGCCGUCGAGCGCGCCCUCGUCGGGGGUAAACUCUUCCCAAGCGAUAUCGACGAUCGUGUUCGCAAGAUUCUUGAACUGCUCAAACGCGCCCAUGCGUCUGGCAUUCCCUUCGACGGCCCUGAAGACGGUGUCGACACGCCCCAAUUACGUUCUCUCCUCCGGCGCGCAGCGGCGUCUGCCAUUGUCUUGCUCAAAAACGACCGCUCGCUCCUCCCGCUCUCCGGUUCUAUCAAGUCGAUUGCCGUCAUUGGGCCCAACGCAAAGCAGGCGUUCACUUCAGGCGGUGGCUCCGCAAGGCUUCUGGAGACGUAUAGUGUCUCCCCACUGGAAGGCAUCCGCGUCGCCGCUAAAGAGCUCGGAGCCGAGGUCCGCUAUACGGUGGGCGCUACAUCACACAAAUAUCUUCCCGUGCUGGAUGGGUACAUGAAGUAUGAAGGCGGAAAUGGCGCGUUGGUUGAGUUUUGGAAUUACGAGCCAUUGGACGGGUGGGUCAAUCAAUUGAAAGAUGGUGAGAAGUGUGUAUGGAGCACGCCAACGAGAGGGAGUAAUUGUUUCUUGAUAGACGGUAUCUACAGCGCGUCCUUUAUCCCCGAUGAAUCCGGGGACUAUGAGUUUGGCCUCACGAUUACAGGCAAUGGGAACCUCUUCGUGAACAGCGAGCGUGUGAUCGACCUGGCCACUGACCCGCCCGCGGGCGACGCGUUCUUUGGGUUGGGAACAGCAGAUCUGAGAGCCGUGGUUAAGGGGCUCAAGGCAGGAGAGCCUGUGCCUAUCGAGGUCAGGCUGAGUAACGCGAGCUUCAUCGGGCGCGGGAGCCCGUUCACCUGUCGCGGGGGCAUUCGACUUGGAGCUGUUCGAAUUGUGGCUGGGGAUGAGGCGAUACAAGAGGCAGUCAAGAUGGCGAAAGAAUCAGAUGUCGCUAUCCUUGUUGUCGGCAUGAACCAUGAGCUGGAGAGCGAAGGUUUCGAUCGGCCUGAUAUGAAGCUGCCUGGCUUGACCGACCGAUUGGUUACAGAGGUGCUCAAGGCUAACCCCAACACUGUUGUUGUGAAUCAGUCCGGCACGCCAGUUGAGAUGCCUUGGAUUGAUGAAGCACACACAUUGCUCCAGGCCUUCUACGGAGGGAACGAGCUUGGAAACGGACUUUCGGAUAUGCUGUUCGGCAAAGUAAACCCUUCAGGAAAACUCGCUCUCACCUUUCCGAAACGGCUUGAAGACAGUCCUCCUUAUCCUUCGUUCGGCGACAAGGGGGAAUCAUCUGGGAAGAUAUUGUAUAACGAGGGUAUCUAUGUCGGAUACCGCAGUUACGACAAGCUCUCCGUCGAGCCUCUCUUCCCAUUCGGUUUUGGCUUGUCGUACACCACUUUCUCAUACAACGACCUGGAGACGACUUCCGUGUCAGCCGAUGGAACCUUCAGCGUUUCUUUCACAAUCACAAAUACAGGAAAUUUCGAUGGCAGCGAGUCUGCGCAGGUAUACAUCUCGGAUCCGGCGUCGGCGCUCCCGCGACCAGUGAAAGAGCUGAAGGGCUUCACCAAGGUCACUUUGAAGGCGGGUGAGAGCACCAAGGCCAGCGUAGUGCUUGAUAGAGAGGCUCUUGGAUAUUUCGACGAACGGCGCAAAGCCUGGGUCGCAGAAAAGGGUGUGUUCGAGGUGCUAGUUGGCGCCUCGUCGAGAGAUAUCCGGUUGAAGAGUGAGGUGGAACUGAAGGAGACGUUCACUUGGACUGGGUUGUGA